AUGUUGUCCAUGCUUCUGCAUCUACACAAUGGCUGGCAGGUAGACCAGGCAAUCCAUUCAGAGGAGGACUGUGUGGUCGUCAUUCACUUCGGACACGACCGGGACCCCACUUGUAUGAAGAUAGAUGAAGUUCUGUACAGCAUCGACGAAACGAAAUGGAAGAUAGUGAGAGAUCUUCCUCAUCUUGUAUGAGUUCCGUUUGGAUAACCCAGGUGUCUUAAAGCAAACGGUGCUGGUGUCGCUUGUGCUCUGUGGCAUCCUCUCUGAUUCUCCCGAGUCUGAUAGGCUUUUCUGCCGCCAAUAUGAACAUCUGCUGGGCUCGGCCAUAUGACCUGAUAAACAUACAACACUGCAACCUGCUCUGCCUGCCCGAGAACUACCAGAUGAAGUACUACUAUCAUGGCCUCUCAUGGCCCAGCUCUCCUACAUUGCUGAGGAUGAGGUUGGGAAGAUUGUGGG